AUGUCGUACAACCUUAGAAAACUGAAGCUUAUCGUGGAUGACCCGAGCGGCACCCUGCGGGAUAACCUGCGGAUCGCCGAGGCCUUCUUCGCCGCCGAGGAUGAUAGGGAGGUGGAGGAGUUCCGCGGCUUGAUGGAUGCUGAGGUGCACUACGCCAACUUUUGGGGCGUGGCGCGGGGCCGCCAUGCCGCCCUUGCCGUGUUUGACAGCGAGCGGUCCGCAUUGCGGCUCACAUGGCCAUCGCGGGUGACGGCAAUCACAGCCAACACCUUCGAGAGGCGCGGCUACGUGCACUUCCUCUCGGGCGGCGUGGCUUCGAUCCCGGGCGUUGGCGGCUGGCUGACGCGGUUUACGCAACGCCGCGUGCGAGAGUCCUUGGUGGUGAAGGACGGGAAUGUCAAAUUUCGCGAUCUGAGCCUUGAGUGGGGCCUUGCCGUUCAUUGA